AGCGGCUGGCUACGAGCAGAGUGUAACGUCGAGCGGCCUCGCGAGAAGUUCUACCACCGUAUUUACUCGGUGUCUGUGUAUUCCUUCGAACGGUAGCGCGCCUUUCGUUGUUUACUAUUUUUCUUCGCGUAUUUUCUCUACAGCCGAGUCCCAGUGUUGAUUUUUUUUCACCGUAUUCGCGCCAAAUAUUCUACGUACAGUGUAAUUAUUAUUAAUUUAUAUCGAUAUUCGAUUUUAAUUCGGGUGUUUUUGUGCCGUAUGUAGAAAUAAGCGUAUACUUGGAAAGUGUUGUGUAAUUCGGCUUUUUCUCGUGUACCGAUUGCCACUUUUAUAUAAGCCGCUCGCGCGUUUGUGUUCGUAACGGAAUCCACGUUGCGUGCGACGUUGCCGUAUUGUGCGGCCGCGGUACUUUCUGUGCGUACGAGUUGUGUUCGUACGCGUUCGGUAUAUUUCGUAUAUCAAUAUGCCCUGUCGUUAAUUCGUUAUCUUUAAUUAAUAAUAAAAAAAUCCUCGAAACAGAACGUUUUCAAGAUGGUCGAUAUAGUCAGCAAGGCAACCGAUGACUUAUCAAUAUCAUCAAUGAAGCAAUCAAGAAAACCACUGCUAAAGGAGCUCAAUCAUUUCCUCACUUGUUUCCUCUGCAAUGGCUACUUCUUCAAUGCAACAACAAUCGUCGAAUGCAGCCACACUUAUUGCCGAGCUUGUAUCGUUAAUUUUCUCAAAACCGAGAAAUUCUGUCCAGCUUGCCACGCUCAAGGGCACAGAACAAAAUCAAAUCUCAAUUUAAGAUAUGACGCUAUCCUACAAAAAUUAGUUUACAAAACUGUUCCGGGGCUGUACCAGAGUGAACUUGAGCGUCGAAAUAGUCAUUUAGAAGAAGCUCGGAAAUCAGAAGAGGAAACUUUGAAUGGUGACGAUAGACUAGACGAAGAGUACUAUUUCUCUCCUGAUGAACCUAUUAACAUAUCGUUGGAAUACAUUGAUAAUAAAAUUGAUGGUCAACGUGACAUUGUGAAGUCGUCCGUGAAAGUUGAGGAUAUUGAAAAAGAACAAGUCAAACGCAAAAGAUAUUUACAAUGUCCAGCUAAGCUCACCAUUGGGGAUCUUUAUAAAUUUAUCAAAUUAAAGUACAACUUGCAGCAGAAUCAACGAGUGGAAGUUCUCUAUGAUAAUACCAAGUUACCUGGCUCUUUUUCUUUGAUGGAUGUAGCCUAUACUUUUUCAUGGAAAAGGGACUCGCCAAUGCGACUGUGUUAUCAAAUCCUCGAGUGCAUCUUAAUCAAAGUUCCUCAAACUGUGGCAGAGAAAAUGUCUGACGAAUCUGUACCAGUUAAAAAUAAUGUUGUUACCAAUUCGAGCUCUCCCAGUAAUAUUGGCAAUGCUGUACAAACUACCAAUGACAUGGUACAGUUGGAGGAAACAACAAAAAUUGAUAAUCUAUCCACCAAAGUAAAUCUGAAAAGAAAGCUGGAAGUGGCUGAGACCAUAACUUCCAAUGCCAAAGAUCCUACUACUGAUGAUGAUUUUAAGGAACCAGUAAAGAAAGAGGAAAGAGCCAAGGAAAAUUCUGAAUUACCAGGGCAUGGGUUACUAGUGAAAGUUCCCCGUAUCUCAAAUGCAACUUUCAAGGAUAUUGUGGAUUUUAAGAAGGAGAGUCAUGAAGAUAAACCUAAACCAACAGCUACUGUUAGUCCCUGCAACACAGAAAAUGGGCUAAAAUUACCUUUGAAAUCAUCCCCUGCCUGUGAAGAUUUCAAUGAUGAUUACAUGAAAUAUGAACAAGAUAUUGAAGAAGUUGAGGACGAUGAUGAUGAAGAUGAUGAUAGAUUACGUAUUUCUCAACUUUCUGAAGAAGAUACUCAGGAUGAUAAAGCUGAAGACAACAGUGAUCAAAACUUGGUCAUUGAAACUUCUGAUAUGGAAACUGCCAGCAAAGAAGACCUCAAAGAGCAAAAGCUUGAUGAUGAUGACGAUGAUGUAUCCAAAAAAUCCACCAAAUAUAAACGCAAAAGUAAAAAAUCCAAGCAUUCCCAUCAUCAUAAACAUCGCCACCAUGAACGCAAAAGUAAAGGUACCCCGCAAGCAACCAUCUUGCAUUCACCAGAUACAGAUAUAAUGAAGCUGAAAUUGAAACUAAACAAUGUCAAACCUGACGUCAAAUACCAUAAACAGAAACGUAAACGUAAGAAAAGUUCUGAAUGCUACUUCUCUUCUUCUUUCUCAUCCAGUAGCAGUGUGAGCAGCAUCAAUGGUAUGUCCCCUGAUGCUCACAACACUUCAAGAGUUGAUGAAGAUUCCCUACAUUCUCAUACAUCAGAAUUAUCCACUGAGAGUGUUGACAUUGCUCCACCUAAAGAGGAAACAACCACAAAACCAGUUGCCUCAGCUACUGAACCAGCUGAUAAAUACCAAUCACCAACCAGUCAAGAGAAAUUACUGCAAAUGAGGGCAUUUAGACCACGUAGUGUUGCUGUAGUCAAGCCAGAAGAAAAUCACAAACUUGAGAAACCUGUGGAAAAACCUACUAAAAAUGAUAACAACAAUAAUGAUAGCACAAGUGUCAUUGAAUCAAAAGAAAAAGCCAAACCAACAUCACCAGUCAUCUUAAAACCACCUUCUUCAAUAACUGUUAGCAAGUUAACUGCAGCUGAGAUACAAAAAAUGGAACAAAAUAAACUAUUGAUUGAUGAUAAACCAUCCGUGGAUAUAAUGGUUGUAAAUGGGCCACCUAAAUCAUUUGUAUUGUCAACUGUAUCAUCAACCACAGAUGUGACAAGUAAACCAAAAACACCACCAAGACCUACUAGACCUCCGCCAGCUGCAAUACCUAUUGAGCAGUACCAAAAAAUGAAGUCAAAUGAGCAAACUCCCAAUAUACCAAAAUCAUUGACCAUUAUACCACCAAUUCAUCGAUCUAAAGCAACCAAUGAAACAUUUAAAAAAUCCAAAGAUGCAGUGUCUGCAAAAGAAGUCCUAAAACGGAGCAUAACUUCCUCAUCAUCUGGAAAUCUACCAAGGACUGCAUUCAGUGGUGCUCUUGAUUUGUCAUCUGGUUUCAAAUCACCUUCAGUGUCAUCACCAUCACCACCUAAGUACCCAGUUAAUGUAAAUGUUCCUCAUUCAAUGCCGAAUAAGAAAGUCUGCAUGAAUGGAGUGCACCCUAUGCAGAAUGUAAUACGUUCCAUGCAGAAUGGAGCUUAUUCUAAGCCCAAUGGCUCUAACAUGUUCCCUUAUCCUCCAGUUAGAUCUUUACCUCCAUGUACUGAUGUGCAUUCCUUCCAUAAACACUAUAAUCAGAAUCGUCCACCCAUAAAUAGCUCUCUCAAACACAAAAUCCCUAUAUCAUCUCCUCAGGCAUCUCCUAAACACAUUCCAUCAAGACUCCCCAACCACAAACCUAAUAAACCUAAUGUUCCAAAAUUGAAUGAAAUUAAAAUUGGGCCUAUGAGCUCAUCCAUUGAAAUGAUGCCAAAACCUGGACCAAAUCAAAGUGUACGUCAAAUACCUGAUCCUUCAGUGAUGUUGAAACGUCAUCAGGCAAAUGUCAACAUAAGUUCUACAAAUGGCACUGAUUUUGUAUCCUACAAAUUACCACAUAGUUCCAUUAUGAAUCAUCGAAACAUAUCUGGUGCUUGUUCAUUUAGCUCAAUGAAAAAAGCCAGUGAUAAAUGUCCUCCAGCCAUUCCUCUUAAAGGGUACUAUGAUAUUACUACUGUAAUGGCUACAAAGUAAAGAUCUUCAAUAUUGUUUACAAAGUUUGUUUAUAAAUUCAUUGAUCUCAUAUGAAUAAUGAUAAACUUAGGUAGGUAUGUAUUAUUAAAAAGAAAAAAGUUUUGUUUAUAAAACUAAAACUUUCACUUCCUAUUUUAUAAAUUUAGAAUCUCAGUAAUUUCUUAUAUAGGUAGGGACUCUGUAGAUAUAGUUUUCAUCAAAUUCAAAAAUUUUCACAAAUGAGUAGGCAAUUGAUUUUUUUUUCAAGUUCACUGAACUUUGGCGGUUUGUUCUGUAAAUCUUUUGGUGAUACAUACUAUUUUAUUUUAAUGUUCACAUCAAAAUGGAAAUUUGAAAUUAUUCAAAAAAGCAAAUAAAAGUAGAUACUUCAAAAUUAAAGCGAGCUUUUCCUCCAAGUAUCACCCAAUGGUGAAAAAUGGCUAUAAAAUAGGUUAAUAGGUAUUUAUUAUUAGUAAUAGAGUUGUAAAAACUCUUGUAAAUUUGUUUUCUUCGGGGAAUGAUGCAAUACUAUUUAAUGUAUCUUGUUUGUAUUCUUAUUGGCCCAGUUUAUCUAUUACAAGUUUUUAUCCAAUCUAGUCGUUUGUUGGUUUGUAAAAGGUUUUUGAAAUCAUUCAUUUAUUAUUAAUUAUUAUUAUAAGUAUUUAUGUCAUACUUUUCAUGAACUGAUUUAUUGUUUAGUAAUGCGUAUUUUUUGCUUUAGUUUUUCUCUAUUCUUUAAGAAAUUUUAUCAGAAAACUUGUUCAAAGUUGAGAUUUUCUGAUGGUUGUUUAUUUUUCUUUGUUUUUUGUUUUUUGUGUAAUUUAUUGAAGUAAAGUUUUCACCUACUGAACUUAAUUGAUACAUGAAAUACCUCAUUCAUUUUUGAAUAUCUUCUUUAUUAAUUGUCAUAAUUAUGUACCUAAUUUAAAAGAAAAAAAUCAACUUUCAUGAAAAAUGGAACGUGUUAGAUAUUGAUCUUAAUGUUUAGGAUAAAGUAGGUAUACCUACCUAUUUAUACAUAGAAUUAUUUAGAAACAAAACAGGAAGAAAAAUAUGUUAUGAAAUAAAGGAUAAGAUGUUUGCUUAUAUGUAUUACAUGCGUAUUUUUUGAAGUCUGAGGUGAAGUGGAGAGUUGAGUGUAUGUUUUGGAUGAUUUUACUUGUUUUACUUUACAUAUUACUUGUGUGUUAUUUUGUGUUUAGCCAAGUUAGUGAAGCUUGCAUUUGUUAAGUUUUAGCAUUUUGUAGAUAAGAAGUACAUGUAAUGAUACAAAUUGUGAAAUAAAUUAUUUUUCGAUUGCAAUUA